CAUAAGUGACAAAGUCCUCUCACUCGUUUUUUCGUGAGCUCUUCACACACACACACUCACAGAGAGAGAGAGAGAGAGAGAGAGAGAGAGAGUAUAUGCUCGAAGAAUCAAUCUUUUGUAAAUUGGUUUGCAAGAAUGGGCGACUAAUUGAGAAUUAUUGAAUUAUUGUUGGAUAAAUCUAAUUUAAAAAGGAAAAAUUAUUUUCAAAGAUGAAUUGGAACUUGCCAAUGGAAGCUGAUAACCAAAAUCAUGCUAUGCCUUACAAUUCAAUUGGAAGCUUCGUGGAUUUUUUUGGAGGUCUUACUUAUGACCACGUAAAUUUCAUUUUCGCAGAUGCUCCUUAUGCUCAGGAGAGUUCUUACUAUGCCACAAAUGCUAAUUUUUACAAAUUUGCGGUAACUGAACCUGAAAGUUCCUCACACUAUGAAUGUGGAGAUGGCUAUGUGGUCAACGAUCAUAUCCAAGGGAUUGAUGAAUAUAAUAGGCACUUGGAGAACCAGUCGAUGCCAGCUGUUGAUCAGGCUACAGCUGCACAUGUGCAUGAGGAAGAAAAUUUGAGCUCCACUUCAUUUUUAGAGUGUCCUGGAAAUCAGCAGAACACUCGUGAAUAUGAGGUUGUUUGGCAGGACAGUAUUGAUCCUGACAACAUGACUUAUGAGGAGCUGCUUGAGCUGGGCGAGGCAGUUGGAACUCAAAGCAAAGGUCUUUCCGAGGAUCUUAUUGCGUUGCUUCCAACCUCAAAGUUUAAGCGUGGUUUAUUCUCGAAAAAGAAAUUCAAAGGAGAAAGGUGCGUAGUUUGCCAGAUGGAGUACAAACGAGGUGAUAGGCAGAUGACUCUUCCAUGCAAGCAUGUCUACCAUACAGAUUGUGGAAGCAGAUGGCUUAGCAUCAACAAGGCUUGCCCAAUUUGUUUCAAGGAGGUGGAUAUUAACGUCCCCAAGCACUAGGAAGGUUGUUUUAUACGAUGGUGAUCUUGCCCUUUUUUUUUUUUUUCCUUCGAGUUUAUAGUGUUUUUCAUACAACUUUUUACUUUUCAUAGCUAUUUUUUUUCUUUCUUUUAUCUUGUGAAAGCUAAUUUUAUGGUAAUAUAAAAUCGCUUCUGUAACCUGAAAUAAGUCCAUGGGAAUAUAUUUGUUACUGACUAAUAGUUGAAAUUACUUAACGGGCUCCUAAGAUUAGCUUUCA